GAGGCCCUUUAUCCUCUGCUGUGUUGUUGAUUCCCGAAGGACAGCCUGCCCCUCUCUUAUUUGUUCUUAGCUGUCCCUUGUAGGUCUCCUGUGGUAGAGGAUAAUGUUUCAUAGGUUUUGAAUGCAGUCAGAGUCUAGGAAGUAUGAAGAAGAAGAGACACCUUCUCUGCACUGGGGGUUGGAUCCUGUGUUUUUUGCAUUUGCAAGACUGUAUAUUAAAGAUAUAAAAGAAAUGAGAGAAUCUAAACAAGUGCCAGGUAUAUUCUUUUAUAAUAGACAUCCAAUAAGACAGGUGGAUGUUGUUGGGCUAGUGGUUCAAAGGAAAGAGCGAGAUGCCUUCUAUAGUUACGGAGUGGAUGAUAGUACUGGAGUUAUAAAUUGUGUCUGCUGGAAAAGUCCCAUGGUAGCAGAAGCAUCUUCGUCAGGUCGUCCAAGCACACCCAGCAGUCUUACUAUGCUUGAACAGAUAAAGAAGGUCCAAGAAAUGGUGAGCCAGAAAACUAAACUGGAGAUUGGGGAUGUUAUCAGGGUCAGAGGUCACAUCCGAACCUACAGGCAACAAAGAGAAAUUCGUGCUUCAUGUUUUUAUAAAGUGGAUGAUCCUGUGUGUAAUGUUCAAAUUUCAAGGAUGCUGGAACUCCCCUGUCUCUAUAGAGAAGUUUAUGAUAAACCUUUCCAAGGCCCUGAGGAGGGACAGAGUGGCCUGGAGGAUCAGGCAUUCUCGAUCAACAUGCUGCAUGAGAAAGUGCAAGGCUUUUUAUUAGAAAACAAAAUUCAGACCUUUUACCAACAGGAGUUGGAAACAAUUGAUACAUUGGUGUCGCUGGUUGUUACGCAUCUACCCACUCCCGACUGUCAGGAGGUGAAGUCAAAAAGUAACUGCAGUUCCAAAAGGAUUCACAGUGUUUUUAAGCAAGCAAUAAGGAUGCUACAAGAAAAAGGGGUGGUUUUCCAGAAACCCGGUAGUUCCAAGGACUUAUACCAUGUGACUGACCAUGAUAAGGAGCUGCUUAAAGUGACCCUUGAUGUGAUUAAAGAAGACUGUCGAAAACCCAGGCAUGCUGAAAAAGGCUGCCAUUUCCUUCAUAUCUUAAAUUGUGUUUGUCAGAGCUACAACCCCUCUCUGACUGAAGUGGUGAUGCACCGUGUCUUGGAACUGCUGGAGAGAAACAGUGAUGUUGUCAGCACCAUGGAAGGAUAUUAUAUGACAUUUUAAAGAGAGAAGAUAAGAUACAUUCAUUGUGGUCCAUUCUGGGUAAAGGAGGAAGGAAGGAGAGAUUGAGUGACCCUGAAAAGCUGCUAUUACCUGAUAUGAUCUAGAUAGAGGGAGAAAGAAGAGCAUUCUGAUUCUCCAAAUACUGUUUUUGUCUAGCUCUGAGAAGCUGCUAAAAUACUUGUGUUAAUAUUCUUGCUGACUUCCUCACUAUUCCUAGUGAAAGUUGUAUCAGCCUGAUUCUGGACAUCCUAACACAGCAGGGGAGCUGGAAAAGAAACUGUUCUUUCCUUGCAGUAAGAUGGUUGUCCUCACAUUUACAACCCUAAAGAAAAGGCACUGCUCCAGAGUGCUGUUUACAACAGUGGGCGUGACAGGACUCAUUCUUUUCUGGCUUAAAGACUGAUCUUGUGAUCUUUCCAUAUGGUAAUAGCUGUGGAUCUUUCUUUUUAUAUAUGCUUUACAAUACCUAGAGAAAAGACAUGUAAACAAACAAUCAAAAGAUUUGCCUGUCUUCCUGGCAGCGUUGGUGUACCCAUGUCUGUAAAUGUAUUCCUGAAUAUGUGCAACUUUUGCACACUGAAGCACAGUCCUGGCCUUUCUCUCAGAAGUUAUAUUUAGGAAUGGAGUCCUGCAUCCCUUCCCCACCCUGCAACCUUGCCCACUGCUUGUUGAGCAUGUCUGGAUUCCCCAGGCUACUGUGCACACUACUGGUGCGUGUUGCUGUGGAUUCUGUUCAGACCAGAAUUCUCAAAAUCAGCCUCCAUUUUGCUGCUUAUUUUUAAACUGCUUCCUACAUCACAAAUGGCAAAUCAUAAAUCAGAUGCUUUGGAAAAGAAAACAUGAAAGCCAGCAAGACCCACUGUAAUCUCCAUGCUCUCCAUUAUCUUUUGUGUCUUAUAUUCCUUGUCACUCUCAGGGAAAAAUACUAUUCAUCUCUGUGCUUGCAGGGGAACGGAAGACAUUGAUGAAAUAACACUAGCCUAAAGAAGGUUGCCAUGCAAGAUGUUUGAUCUCUGUUAUGUGCCACAGUUCAAAGCCCAGAACUGUUCAGUAUUUAUCCUUACAGAGGGCUUGCUGCUGGAGGGGCUUGUCUGUUUAAUUAAUCUGUUUAAUGGUGUGGAGGUGAGACCUUUAACUUGAAAAGAGAAGAAAGGACUGAAUGUAUCCUUCCUCUUUCCUCUGCACCUUCCCUGGAACAGUUGAAAUAGCAGACUCCCAGGAGGCAGAUGUAGUGGUAAAGCCCUAAAAGGAUUGACAUAGCAGGGAAAAAUAAACCAUAGGCAUGAGGAAAGCCAGUGAGUAGCCCCAUGUGUGCCAGGUCUCUGGUUUGUUAUAUUAUAUGCCUCAUUCCAAGCUCUGGCUGCAGUGAGAUAUAGGCUAAGAGAAAGGCAUGACAAAAUAUUUGGCAUUUGCAUUCAGAGGCCUGUGGAAAACUCUGUCCUUAAAGAGAUGGUGCGUUUGUUCAUAGUGGAAAAUGAUAUAUGAAUCAUUCUUUUGCUGUAAAUUCCCUUCUUGCUGCAGGGCUCACUAGUUUGUUUCCCUGCAGGCUGCCCUGCUGCUAGCACUGCUGCUCUGGUUCGAGUUGGGUACCUGUUAGUCAGAUCUUAAUAUGGGCCUGAACAGGUGCUGAAAGGAUGUACUUGUGCAGGAGGAAAUGAAAGAGAAGAUGAUUAAUAAAGAACUGUAGAAGUCUUCUCUCUU